CGAUUCGGCGACGGUCAAUGGCAUAAGAUUCGCACACCCACAACGCUCUAGACUGAUUUAUGGAUCGAGGCGUUGUCGCGAUCUCUCUCUCGCAAUGUUGAGCAGCAAAAUGCAUCGUAGCUCACAUGGUAGCAUCAAAUCGUCGUUAUCUCUGCGCUCCAGCGGCAAAUCCUUUCAGGUCAAAUUGGACAAAAUGUCCGAGCAUCUGUAUGACAUAGUCAAAAGUGGCUCAAUGGUGAAACGGGCCCAAAACAAGAAGCGAUUCACCCCAGUCAACUAUAAACAUCGCUGGUUCGAGCUGACAAAGCGAACGAUCUGCUAUUACGAUGUGGAGAACGUGGAGCGACGACGUGAACGGGGUCGAAUUAAUUUGAAAGACGUUCGCCUCGUGGAGGAGGCAACGGUUAGCGGAGAGGGUGGCGAUCCCUUUGCGCCGGAUGGUUAUCCAUUUCAAGUGGGCUACUGCGAGACGCCGUCGACAAGCGUCGCACAACAACAACAACAACAACAGCAACAAAAAGAGCAAACUGCUAACGGGAGUGAGGGGCAACUGGUUUUUAGAGCGGUGCCUCAAUACACGCUCUACGUGAUAGCCAACAGCGAGAAGGAGCGCACCGAGUGGAUACACGCCAUACGACAAGUCUGUGAAGACAGCAAUACGCCCAAAUCGUAUCGCUAUCAUCCGGGUCUCUGGUCUGGCAAGAAGUGGAGCUGCUGCAAGGGUUCAACAAGGAGCACAUUUGGAUGCCGAGCCGCCAUCCACUGGCGUGAGGCCAAUAACAAUCCAAGCAACGGCAGUUCUCCAGCCCAGAAUUCGACGCGCAGCAUCAGUCCAAACAAUUCGACGACAAACAGUCAAUUCAGUUUGCAGCACAACAGCUCCGGCAGCCUAGGCGGCGGCGUCAGCGGAGUUGUCGGCGUUGGCGGUGGGAUUGGAGGUGGUGGUGGCGUUGGUGGUGGUAUCGCUGGUGUUGCAGGUUUAGGCAGCCCCAACGGUGUAGCAGGAGGAGGCGGCGGCGGCAGCGGCGGUAGUUGCACACCCACAUCGCUGCAGCCACAGUCCUCGCUGACAACGUUCAAGCAGUCACCCACAUUACUUAACGGCAACGGCGUUUUAUUGGAUGCCAACAUGCCCGGCGGAAUACCAACGCCCGGCACGCCCAACUCCAAAGCCAAGGACAAUUCACACUUUGUCAAGUUGGUGGUGGCGCUCUAUCCAUUCAAAGCCAUCGAAGGCGGCGAUUUAUCCCUAGAGAAGAAUGCUGAAUAUGAGGUCAUUGAUGACUCACAGGAGCAUUGGUGGAAGGUCAAGGACACAGUUGGCAACGUCGGCUACAUACCCAGCAAUUAUGUUAAACCCAAAGCCCUCUUGGGUCUCGAGCGUUACGAAUGGUAUGUGGGCGACAUGUCCAGACAACGCGCCGAGUCGCUGUUAAAGCAGGGCGACAAGGAGGGUUGCUUUGUGGUGCGCAAGUCAUCGACCAAGGGUCUCUACACACUAUCGCUGCAUACCAAAGUUCCGCAAUCGCAUGUGAAGCACUACCACAUCAAGCAGAAUGCGCGCGGCGAGUAUUAUCUAAGUGAGAAGCACUGCUGCGAGACUAUACCGGAUCUAAUUAACUAUCAUCGCCAUAACUCGGGCGGACUAGCCUGCCGACUAAAGUCCUCGCCCUGCGAUCGGCCAGUACCACCAACGGCGGGCCUCUCACACGACAAAUGGGAAAUCCAUCCCAUGGAGCUGAUGCUGAUGGAGGAGCUCGGCUCCGGCCAGUUUGGAGUGGUGCGUCGCGGCAAAUGGCGUGGCUCCAUUGACACGGCCGUUAAGAUGAUGAAAGAGGGCACCAUGUCCGAGGAUGAUUUCAUUGAGGAGGCCAAGGUGAUGACAAAGCUACAGCAUCCGAAUCUGGUGCAGCUGUAUGGCGUCUGCUCGAAGCAUCGACCCAUCUACAUUGUCACCGAAUACAUGAAGCACGGCUCGCUGCUCAACUAUUUGCGCCGGCACGAAAACACUCUAAUUGGCAAUAUGGGCCUGCUCCUGGACAUGUGCAUACAGGUUAGCAAGGGCAUGGCCUAUCUGGAGCGUCACAAUUACAUUCAUCGCGAUCUGGCGGCACGCAACUGCCUCGUCGGCUCCGAGAAUGUGGUUAAAGUCGCCGAUUUUGGUCUAGCCCGCUAUGUGCUCGAUGAUCAGUACACCAGCUCGGGCGGCACCAAGUUCCCCAUCAAAUGGGCACCGCCCGAGGUGCUCAACUACACACGCUUCUCAUCCAAGAGCGAUGUGUGGGCCUAUGGCGUGCUCAUGUGGGAGAUCUUCACCUGUGGCAAAAUGCCCUAUGGCCGUCUAAAGAACACCGAAGUCGUGGAGCGUGUGCAGCGCGGCAUUAUACUAGAGAAACCAAAGUCGUGUGCCAAGGAAAUAUACGAUGUCAUGAAAAAGUGCUGGUCGCAUGGGCCCGAGGAGCGUCCUUCGUUCCGUGUGCUCAAAGAGCAGCUGGCACUUGUUGCCCAAACGCUAACCGACUAGAGACGUGGAGAGGUCAACAAUGGAGGUGAAUGGAGAUCAUGUCUGGGAUCACGCACUGAUUAGCACUGAUCAACAUCAAACAUCCAACAUCAACAACAACAUCCACAUCAACAUCAACAUCAUAAAAAUAAACACAUAAACCUAAAUAUUUACCUAUAAUGAGCUAAAGUUAACGAUAGACAGACAGUAUAAUGAUAUAUGAUAUAUGCAUUAACAUUUAAGUUUAAGUGGAGAGUUAAAAAAAGUUAUUCACGGAUCGAAUCGGAUCGUACAUAAUAUAUAGUAUGUAUGUGCACGUAUUUCAACGGAAAUUGUCGUACAGCCAAACGAUUAUUCACUUUUGAAUUAUAAUUUUAUUUAUAAUACACACAUACAUAUAUAAAUAAAUAUAUAUAUAUAUAUACAGAGCUAAAGCUGAGCAAAUGAUAUCAUUAUGUUUAUAUAAACCGGAAUAUAGAUGUGUGUGUGUGUACGUAUUUAUUAUAUGCAUAUGGUUGUAGUGAGCAUAUAACAAUAAACAAAAAACAACAACAACAAAUACAUAUAUACAUAUAUGGAGUAUAGAUAACUGUAGUUAAUAGUCAAAUUUUUGAUACAUUUCAUAACGAUUGCGUUUAAUGAUGAAAAUGAUAAUUACAAAAUGAUAAAUUUAUAUAUAUUGAUAAGUAUGCAGACGAUACGAUAUACUACGCAAAUAUAUAAAAAAAAUAUAUAUAUAUAAAUAUAUAAAAUGAUUGUGCUUUCUUAAGUAAGUUUAUAUAGUUAAAGCAAACUCAAAACACACACACACACACAUACAAUUAAUACAAACAAGAAAGAAACAUGAAUCUAAGAAAACUGAUUAAGCGUAAAUUAAAUGUUUAAGCUCUCCUCCAAGUCGAACGCGAAACAAACAAACAAACGAGAAACAAAAAAAAGGAAACACUUUUUUAUUUAGAUUAGAAUUUUACGUGCUUAGCUUAAGUUUUGUGAUUUAUUGUUUAAUCAUUUCUCAUUUGCGUUGCGCAAACAAUUUUCGUAUGCGUCUCAGUUUCUCUUUUUAUAUAUAUAUAUAUCUAUAUCUAUAUAUAUAUAUAUUAUCUUUAUAUGCAUUCAAUUUUAAAAUGGAUUCUUCAGUUCUUUAUUUUUUUAAAUUCAUCAUCAGCAAUAUGCAUACGAAUACAUAAACAUAUAUAUUUAUAUUGAUAUAUAUAUAUUUUACCUAAUUUUAUGAGAAAAGUUUUACUUAAUUAAUUUUAUCGUUCGCAUAAGCCACAAAAUUCGCAACAUAAGAAACGAAA